CGUGGCGUGAGCGGUAGCAAUUCAACGGUAGCUAGCAGGUAGGUUGCUAACAAGCCAAAGGCAAGGUGAGAGCGAAGCUACUCCCGUGGAAGUAUGGAUAUUAUUUAGGUCAACUGAUUGAUCGGUGUUCACCUUUUCAGUGAAGAAAAAAUGUCCAAUAGAAGCCAGCACUAUGGAUUCCAGACAGCCACCAUGGUGCAGCCUGCGAAUGGCGGUCAUGCCUAUCUGUUUGGGAACAAUGGCUCAGAGAACGACCUAUCAGAGGAGGAUGGGGAGAGUUAUGAGCUGCGGCCACGUGGCAGGGAGAGGCUACGGAGGAGCACCUCCAGAGAGAGGAUGGAGGAUAUUAUCUACCUGACCAGAGAUAUCCAGGAGGGUGACACCCUGAACAGCAUUGCCCUGCAGUACCAUUGCUCUGUGGCUGAUAUAAAGCGUGCCAACAACUUCUUGACAGAGCAGGACUUCUUUGCUCUACGGUCAGUCAAGAUUCCUGUGAGGCGCUUUAGCGUUCUCACUGAGACUCACAGCGCUGCACCUCUCAAAUCUGCUUCCCCCUCAGGUGCCAGGCGCUUGACCCAGAUCUCUUCCAUUACCUCCCUCCCCUCUGAGUCCUCCACAGACUCUUCUUCUUCCACCGACAGUGUGGAAGGAUUCCUCCUGGAGAAGGACAAGGACAUCGAGCGGCUUGUGAAAUCCACAGGUCCGUCUCGGAGCAGUCUGAAUGAGGUUGUGUCCUCCUUAACACUGCAGCAACAGCAGCCACUGCUAGGAGAAGUAGAGUAUAAACCAGCACAGAGAAAGGACCCUUAUUAUGGAGCAGACUGGGGCAUGAGAUGGUGGACAGCUGUGGCAAUCAUGCUGGUUGUAGGCAUCGUCACGCCCGUGUUUUAUCUGCUGUACUAUGAGGUUCUCGUGAAAUCUGAUGUCAGCCAUCAUGGCAUUCCUACACCAGCUCAUGGCGACAUGCCUCACGGACAUCUCCAUGGCAAAAUAUUGGACCAGCCUGUUGGAGAAGACAACCAUGCAGGGGCUGGCUCUGAGCCUCUUAAUGGAAAUGUGGUUAUUGGAGAUCCACAUGGACCCAGUGUGGACAAAGCAGGAGACGUUAAACACAGAGGGCAUGAGAAAACAUAAGGGAUUCAAACUUUACACACAGAUGUGUUGCUAACUCAGAGACGUAAUAAAACUGGGUGGAUGUUCCCAUUUUGAGUAGUUUUUAUAGAUUUAAUACAUCAAUGCAAUUUAUCUGACUGAGGCUAUCACUUUAUACAGUCAUUUUCACAGGGUUGAGAGACUAAGUAAGGGUGUGGCCACAGUCAUUCCUUGUGUCUGUCCAUUGACAUUUAUAUGAUUUACAAAGGUAUAAAUGGGCUGAAAUUAACAUGUUAUUCUUGGCUGAACUUUUAAAAAAUGAUGGAUACAUUACAGAGUUGUUAUUAUCAGUGUAGCCAAUGGAAUUGAGGUGAUGUUUGUACUAUCAUCAGUGCUGAUGCAUUCUCAGUGAACUACACACAGCAACCUGGAGCAGUAGCCACAGGCCACACCCUGAGAGAAUCAUUAUGAGAAGAAUUAUGUGGAUUUGAUUUUAAAGCGGUUUUUUAACUCUGUUUGGUCCAUUUUUGCCCUGUUAGAAAUUAUGUUUUUUCAAACUCUAUUGCUGCCAUUGUGUUUAAUAUAGAAUUAAUUUAUUUCAAGACUAUUGAGCAUUAGCCUUUACUUACACUAUCAGUAUUUGGAGUUAGGAGUUCAAAUAAUAUUUGAGAAUUUCCAUGAAAGUGGUUGAAAUUUUUUCUUAUCCUUUAGCUUGCCUGGAGAGAAGUGCUUUUGUUUUUGUUUUUAAUUUCAAAAAACCUCAAAGAGCAUGGUGAGGAAAAUGGGGAAAUGCACAGUAUUCCCACAAUGACUCAUACUUAUAAUUAUGUGAAAUUUUAGACUCUGUUAUAUAGCUCUUUUAUUUUAUCACUGUGGUUGCUUGACACUUCAUGAAAAAAAUUACGUGUUGUUGACAGUACGUGCCUUUCAACCUGUGGAAAUGUGCUACAGGCUGGAAAAUAAAUACAUCUAUUUUGAAUAAAUUAUUGCCAGUA